UCAUUUUAUAUCUUUUACUCUAUAUAAUAUCCACUCAUCAGAAGCUUCUCCAUGCAGUUCCUCACUUCUCUUUCCAUCCUCGCCUUCUUGGGUGCCGCCCUCGCCAGCCCCAUCGUUGGCAAACGUUCUUGGCCCGAUGUCAUCGACAACUGUAACCAGGAUGGUACUGUCGCUCUCACUUAUGACGACGGUCCUUGGGACUAUGAGGAAGACGUCGCCAACGCUCUUGACGGUGGAAAGGCUACCUUCUUCUUCAACGGAAACAACUACGAAUGCAUCUACGACCGCGCCGACCAGAUUAAAGCCCUCUACGACGCCGGCCACACCCUCGGCUCCCACACUUGGUCUCACGCCGAUGUCACCGAGCUAUCUUGGGACGAAUUCCAUGAUGAGUUGUGGAAGGUCGAAGAGGCGUUCAUCAAGAUCCUUGGUGUCAAGCCCAAGUACUUCCGACCGCCUUAUGGAAACAUCAACGACAACGCUAUGAGCGUGCUCGAGAACCGUGGUUACUCCAAGGUGUUCCUGUGGUCGGACGAUACCGAAGACUCUCUUGAUAAGGGUGCUGCUAGGGGUGAAGAGGUGCUUGAUGGUGUUGCUAACGACUAUCCCAACCCGCACCUCGUUCUCUCCCACUCGACCUAUCCUCAGAACUCCCAAGAAGUCCUCCCUCACUCCGUCCCCAAGCUCAAGUCUGCAGGCUACAACCUCGUCACCGCCGGUCAAUGUGUCGGUACUGACGAAUGGCCUUACGAGUGGGUUGGGGAGCCUCAGGCGAGGGAUGACUCUUGGACUUGCUGAAUGUCCUCUUCUAUCCCAUCUCCGCCGCUUCAUAGUCGCGCUCUCAUCCAUCUGUAUAACUGUAUAAUCUAUUUGGUAAGAGAAGGAAAGAUUGCGCAUGAUCUGUUUGAAAUCAACGGACUCUUCAGGUAUGGCCAGUCUCAACGUUUAUAAUUGUCCAUAUCAAAACCAGCAUCAUAGUCUCACCCACAUACUUCACAUUCAUUCAUUCAUCCGACUGUACCAUAUAAUACAUGCACCAUAAUCACUCUGUA